AGGCUCGGGAGCCAGCGUUGUGGGAUACGAGCCCCACAGCGGGGUCGGGGGUCUGGAUUCUCUGGUCGUCUCUGCGGCUGACCCAUCACCUGUGUGCUUGUGGGGAGACGGCUCCAGUCUCUGGACGUGUCUCCUUGUCAGUAAAGCAGGGCCAGCAGUUCUCACUUUGCCUUCUCCGUGGGGUGACUGUCCAGUCAGAUGAGGCAACAGGUCUCAGUCACUGCACGGGAAGAUGUGCCCGCCUUUGGCCCCCCUCUGCCCAGCCCUCCUGUUUUCCAGAAGGGCCCGGAGUUCAGGGAGUUUCUGCUCACCAAGCUCACCAACGCGGAGAACGCUUGCUGCAAGUCAGACAAGUUUGCGAAGCUGGAGGACCGGACGAGGGCCGCCCUGCUGGACAACCUCCACGAUGAGCUUCACGCGCACACGCAGGCUAUGCUGGGGCUGGGCCCCGAAGAGGACAAGUUUGAGAAUGGGGGCCAUGGGGGAUUCCUGGAGUCUUUCAAGAGGGCCAUCCGCGUGCGCAGCCACUCCAUGGAGACCAUGGUGAGCAGCCAGAAGAAGCAGCAUGGCGGGGGCAUCCCCGGCAGCCUCAGUGGUGGCAUCGCAUACACCAGCACGGAGGUCACCAAGGCCACCUUCUCGCCUCCGGCGGCAGCGGUGAAGAACCAGUCGCGGAGCCCCAUCAAGCGGCGGUCGGGGCUCUUCCCACGGCUGUACACAGGCUCCGAAGGCCAAGGCGACGGCCGGACACGAUGUGACAGUGCAUCCAGCAACCCCAAGACCCCGGAUGGUGCACACUCUUCUCAAGAGAUAAAGUCUGAGGCCUCAUCCAAUCCUAGCUCUCCAGAAAUCUGCCCCAACAAGGAGAAGCCCUUCGUAAAGUUGAAGGAGAAUGGCCGAGCUAACAUCUCCCGCUCCUCCUCCAGCACCAGCAGCUUCAGCAGCACAGCGGGGGAGGGGGAGGCCGUGGAGGAGUGUGACAGUGGGAGCAGCCAGCCGUCCACGACCUCGCCCUUCAAGCAGGAGGUGUUUGUCUACAGCCCGUCCCCGAGCAGCGAAAGCCCCAGCCCGGGAGCACCUGCCACCCCCAUCAUCGUGAGCCGGAGUCCUACAGAUGCCAAAAGCAGAAACUCCCCGAGGUCAAACCUGAAAUUCCGCUUCGACAAGCUCAGCCAUGGCAGCUCUAGUGCGGGUCACUAAUGUGAAAGAGGAGUCCUUCGCUUGUCAAAGGGAAGCCCCGAUUCUGUCUCGGAGAAGGCUCCUAUUCCGGCAGUUUGGGGGUGCCAUCCACUACUCUGACCGUCACAGCCCUGCUGCCCCACCGGCCACCUGCCCACCAGACCAGCUGUCUGUCCCCGUGUCCUGCCUGUCCCCUUGCCAAGGCACGCUUCAAGCACUCUCCUCUGGACGAGGCCUCAUUCCUCCAGGCUCCCCCUGCUCCCGACCGCCCCUGUGAUAUGUGUCUGGCUCACCCGUCACCUUGCGUUGUGCACAGAGGAAAGAGUUGGGCAAGGGGUAUCUGGGUCCUGGGGACUGGGUCAGAGACUGGAGAGGCAGAGUGCGGUGAGGGGGGGUGCGGGGGCUGCCAGCACUGUGUCCUGCACGUGACAGGCACAGCAAACCUAGUGAGUGGUGGCGGAGGGACCACUUUUCCAGGCACCAAGAUCUGUAGCCGUCCUCCACGAUAGGAGGCUGGAAAUCAGCGGCGUUGCUCCCACAGCUGUGUGCUUCUGCGCCAGGAGCUGCUCUCUGGCCCAUCUGCCGCCUUCGGGCCCAGCGCUGCCUCGUCCCUGAGCCCAGUGUACCCCGGGUGCCGGCAGCGGAGGCGAGACAGAGCUGUGCGUGUGUGGAGGGGCCCCCACGCCAUUGCUGUGGGAGAAGCCCCGGCCAGUCUCUCCCCUCAGAGCAGACGUGUUCCCCAAAGAGGGGUGGGCGGCCCGGAGCAGGAAGGAAGUCAGGAAGAGCAAGCUGGCGAGCUGUGCUGUGGGGCCUUGGCUGAGGAGAACGGUGGGGCCGCAGGCUGGGCUGGGAUCAGGUCCCCGCUGGAGGUGGAGGCUCGUGGAAGAGUUGCUUCAGCCCACCACUUAGGUCAGAGCCGGGGAGGUGGGGGGUGACCUGUCCGCCUCGGUUGACGUGUGGACGUGGAAGGUAGGCAUGAGGAAGGAGCGACGUCCUUCUGCGAUUUCUGCUCCUGGCAUCUGUGUGUGUGUGUGGGGGGGCGGGUAGCCAUGUCCCCCUUUGGCCUUGUUGGCUGCUGUGCCCUUUGGCCUUGUUGGCGCUUGGUCCCCCGAUCCCCUUCACCUAUGGGUCCGUAGGCAGUGGUCACGUUGGCGGGAUUUUUACAACCUGGGCCCCAGCUGGCUGCAGUUCAGAGGCUGCCUGCCCCCUGCCCCCUUGGCCAGAGCCAGCUCACUGUCAGGAGCAGGCCCCCUCUCCCUGCGUCUCGCCCAUCCCCGUCUGCAGAGCCCUGGGGGUGCGAGUGGGGCCCUGUAACACCAGAUAGCCCCGGUGCCUCAGGCUGGGCUCCUUCUUCCAUGAGCCGAUGACAAGGAUUUCUACCAAAUGUUUUAUUUGCAUUGGGAUCCGGGCCUGUUCCGAAGUCAAAGCAAUCGCGUCAACGUUCUACUUGUCUGUGACUGAUGUGACUGUUUCCCCGCUGCUUUUGCCAUUAGGGCAAAACCUUGAUCCUUCGUCUCUCACCCAUGUGGAUGUUGUGGGACCCUAUUUGUGGGCUGGGUGGACCUCUCCCCUCACUAUUUGGGAAACGUGUUUACUUAAAAUACUAGUCCGGUAAAAUUUCUUGCAGUGAGAAGGUCAACAAGCGUCUGUUUAGCUUCUAUUAAAAAUCACUGUAGCAGCACCCACUGCUGGAACGAGGUCUGCGGAUUCUGGCAGCGUUCUGUUGGCUGGCUUUUGGGAGGAACUUGAAAGGUCAAACUGCAUUAAAAAACAAAAACAAAAACACA